CUCAUUGUGACAGCCAGACACCUUCAGACAGACACACACAGACCGACCCGCCUCGAACCUCUCACCCCCUUUACAUACCCAACACACGCACCAAGCCAGGCUGGCUGGCAGGCAGGCAGACAUGUGAGCAAGACGGUCAGGCGAGACAGAGACAGACAGACAGGCAGACAGACAGACAGAUGGGCAACCAAACCACCCUCCCCUCCCCCCCUGUCCCCGGUGGUGGCCGGCCCUCUAGCUGCUGAUGUAUGAGUGUGUGUCGAUUUUGUCGGGCAUGGGGCCGAUCUUGACCUCGAACCUGGCCUGGAUCUCGUUGAGCAUGGCCGUGUCGGCCUCGGUGGAUGUGAACGACACCGCCAGGCCCUUGGUGCCGAACCGCCCUGCCCUCCCCACCCUGUGCAGGUACUGGUUGCUGUCGUCAGGCAUGUCGUAGUUGACCACGAUGUUGACGCGCUCGAUGUCGAUGCCGCGACCUAACAACACGCACAGGGGCGGCCGGGUGUGACGUGCAGAUGCAGAUAUGGCCACAUGUGUGUCGUCCCCGGUGUCUGUGACGGUGUGUGUGGCAGCAUCCUGCGCAUUACCCAUGAGGUCGGUCGAGACGAGGAUGCGUUUCUCGAAUUUCUUGAACUCGGUGUACCUCUUGAUGCGCUCCUCCUGCUUCAUGUCGGAGUGUAUGACGGUGGAGGGGAAGUUGCACUCGGUGAGGAGCUUGUUGAGUGCCUUGGCGCGCGAGACGCUCUUGACGAAGAUGAUGACCUGGUUGAACUCGAGGUUGUCGAGCAGGUCGUUGAGCUUCCUGUUCUUCUCGCUCUCGGUCAGCUGCACGUAGUACUGCAGCAGGCCGUGCAGCGUCAGCUUGCUCUCGUCGUCGAUGAAGAUCUCGACCGGGUUGCGCAUGAACUUGCGGCAGACGUCCCGGAUGUCGCCCUUGAGGGUGGCGCUGAACAUCAUGACCUGCUUCUCCUGCGGGGUCGCGAUGAAGAUGUUCUGCACGUCCUUGCGCAUGUCCAGCUUGUCCAGGCACUUGUCGCACUCGUCCAACACGAAGUACUUGAGGUGGUCCACGUUGAGGUGCUUCUCGCGAAUCAGCUGGUUGAUCCGCCCGGGAGUGCCGAUCAGGAUGUGCGGCCGCUUGCUGUCGUCCUUCAGGAUGGUCUUGUGCUGCUCGAUCGGCACGCCGCCAUAGAACUGCACACACACAAAAACACACACACACACACGUUUGUGUCCUCACAUGAAUCAACACCGUACAUCUCUCUCUCUCUCUCUGUGUGUGUGUGUGUGUGUGUAUGUCUGUCUGUCUGUCUGUCUGCCUAUCUGCAAGUCUGUCUGUGUGUCACUCACUGACCACGUCGAUCCUGAGGCCCUGUGCGAACUUGCCGAACCGCUCGAACUCGUUCUUGAUCUGGUAAGCCAGCUCCCGCGUGUGUGCCAGGACGAGGGCCGUGACCUGGUUCUUGCUGGCGUCGGCGGUGUCCUUGUUCUGGACGAUGUCCCAUGAGGCGUGGAGGAUGCCGAUGACGAAGACGGCGGUCUUGCCCAUGCCUGACUUGGCCUGGCAGAGGAUGUCCUUGUUGGCCACGGCGUGCGGGAUGCACUCGUGCUGCACCUCCGACGGGUGCUCGAAGCCCGCGUCGUUGAUGGCCCGCAGCAACUCCUCCCUCAGGAAGAAGUCCUUGAACCCCGUCGCGUGCACCCCGACGUAUCCCGCCUUCUCGACACCGCCCUCUGUGCCGUUUUUGGCCUCGGUCUGGCCCUGCUCGUCCUCCUCAUAGUCGUCGAGCUCCUCUGUCUCAUUCGCGUUGUUCUGCGGGUCCAUCGCAGCACGCUGAUCCGCUAGAUCUGAUCUCUGUCACACUUCACGCCAAAGCCGAAUCGCGAGCGGAGCACGACUGCACCACACCUGAGGCAAGCGACACGCAACAGCACAACAGUGAGUCUCAGCGAUGCGCGAUUCGCUGGUGUCGGAUCUCACCUUAGCUGGAAAGCGUGGCAGCAGACAGAGCACAGCGACGUGACUGUGAUGCACGCAGGAGCGAAGCCAAAUC